GUUUGAAAGAUAGCUUUCAGCGAAGGUGGCGCAGAGAUAACUUCGCUCCAGGCCGCCGUCCUAGGAAGGGGCGCAAGCAUCCCAUCCCGCUGCCCCGCCACAUUUUGGUCUCGGACCCCACGGCGCAGUGUUUGGGACUUUACAUGUCAGUGUAUGUACACUCGGUCGCGCUUCUCAUGAUGUUUGCCGUGCGUGUUCGGGUGUCUGAUCGGUUCCCGCACGGGCGAAAACUGAGAACCCGUGAGUUUUGUCCGCGAAGGCAAUUGACGGAGUCUGUGCUGUUGUCCGCGCAGGCAAAUGGCGGGAACCUUUGUUAUUUGGACCGUGUGUGUGUGUGGUUAGGGUCCGAGCUUGCCCUCGUGCUACGUGGCAGCAUAGCACAAUGAUCAUAUCCCGCGUGUUUUUUUUCCGAGCCAGCAGCUAUUAUUCCAGACCUUGGUCAGUUCGUUUCUUUGCCAGAGGCGAGAGUGUGCCCCGCAGCCGUGAUGUUCUGCUGGGCUUGAGUCGGGCAUGACCUCGAUGUUUUGUGGGCGAUUGUGUGUUCCGAUGGUAUCUUGCUUCUCCCACUUGUCCACCGUCCUGACUCGGCGCGCCGCUUCAUGUGCUCGAAGCUCCUCUUCCUCCUGCUCCUCCUCCUCCUCCUCCGCCUCCUCCUAUUUCUCCUCCUCUCACCCAGUCCUCUCUUUCGCCCGCCCACCCCGCGAGACAGGCGGCAACGUUCCCGCGCCUGCGGCCCCGCAAGGCGGCCGCCCCUCAGGAGCCCCCAGCAGCUGGAGGCGCACACCCUGGGCCGGCGGGGACUGCCCCGACGGCGUGGCCGUCGCCGCACCAAGCGCUGCUGGCCUGCCGCCGCUGAUGGCGCCUGCUCCGGCGGUCCUGCGGAGGACCUGGACGCCAGAGGAUCUGUAUUCCAACUCGUCCGUGGCGAAGAUGGCCGUCGACUACUGGAGGACGCAGGGCCCCAGAGCGCAGGGCGGCUCCAGGCCGAGCACGUCGACCACGACCACCACCGGAGGCCACGACGACGACGAGGCUUUCCAGUCCCCGAACCGUCUGAUGGGGGCCCAGGGGCGACCACUGUGAGCGGCGCCUCCAAGGGCAGCGACAGUGGCUGCUGCGCUGCUCACGGACAGGCUGACGAGCAUUAGCACUUCGAGCGCCAGGAUGGCAUCUUCAUCGAGCUGUUCGUGUAAUGCGUUGCUGUAGUUUGCUGACUUGUAGGUUCUAGUGGUUUCACCAAUCGAGAAUGCGUCCUCGACCCGGGCGGAGAGGUGGACAGUGUGCAGUUGUCCAGGCGAACGCGCAUAUUGCGACAUAGGUGGAUAUUAUGAUACGCAUAACUUGAGAUCUGCACGCGGCCUGCGCUUUAGCGGGCCCCCGGGACACCAGCGCGUAGACGAUUAGUGGGCCAACUUGUACACACACUGAGCCCAUUGCAGCUUAGGGCGACCGCGCUUCCGGACCAAGUGCCACUGUCUUGGCGCAGUGCUCCCUGGCUGGCAAACCAACUGUUUCAAAAAGUUAUCGUCGGGCAGGCUGGAGAUCUUGUCGUAGGCUUGCACUUGCCUGGUACGUAAUGUCUCACUCAGGAGAUCAGCUUGAGCAAGUGAUAUAACUUCGGCGUUGGACACCCGAGAAUAGUAAGCAUGCUGGAUCCGCAAGAUUUGUCGGAAACACGAUGCUUGGAAACUGUUAAUUCUGUUGCGGUCUGCUUGC